AUGGAUCGUGAUAGGCGGCCUUCUAGCGAUUUCACUGCGCUAGUAUCAAUCCCGAUGCAAUCACUCGAUUAUAGGGACAUGGAGGAGGGCGAGAUAGCGGCAGCAGGCAGCUCAUCACCAAAGAGCAACGAUUCACCAAAGCGCAAGUCACUGACACACAGGUCGAAACACAGACCACGCCGAGACGAAGCCUUUCCCGAUCAAUACCGCGGUGGAGGCGGACAGUCUUACCGCCCCGGCGGCGCACGCGAACGCUCUCCUGAACCACGCGGUCGAACACCGCUCUCAGGCCCACCAUCUACUCGUCCUACUGCCGAUACCUACCGUGUCCGAUCUCCCGCCCGCCGAUCUGAGUACAGUGACGCAUACCGUGGCCCGACACGGCCUCGAAGCCGAUCACCUGCCGGACGCGAUGAGUAUCCCCGCCGGCGCACACCAGAACCGCAAUCACGAUACCGGGACGAAAGAGAUGUGAGGGAUGUUAGGGACGUUAGAGAUGCGAGAGAUAGCAGAGGGGAUGCGUACAGGGGGCGGCCGAGAUCACCACCACCGUCUGCGAGAAGAGAAGAGCUGCCAAGAGAUGAUCUAUUCAGACGCGAUCCUCCACCACGUGACUAUGCAAGAGAUGACAGAGGUGGAUAUGCAGCGCCGAGGGCAGAGGCACCGAGAUACAGGGAGCGUAGUCCGCUUCCUCUGAAACGCGGCCGUGACACUUCGCCGAUGGGUAGUCGUGGCAGGAGGACACCACCACCCCCCGCCAAGCGUGAGAGAUUGAACAGUCCUCCUCGAGGUCGCUACGAUGACUACCCGCCCUCGAGAGCUGCCUCGCCGCCUCGACGCAGAUUCUCGCCUGAUCCGCGGGAUAGACGUCCGGCUCCACCGCCACGUGAUAUGAGUAGAGGCUACAGGCGAAGCUCGCGAUCUCCGAUAGCCAGGCAGGAGAGAGUCGACCCGAGGACGAUUGAGGAUUGGCGUAAGCCGAGGUCGCCGUCACCGAUAAGGUACAAUGGUGGACGCGAAUAUGAGAUGCAAGAUCAAGGGAGGUCGGUGGCUACAUCGAGGCAGUCUUCGCCUCCUCCCCACCCAAGCAGCAGACAGUCAGGCACGGAUGACAGGUCAGGCCGAGCUGUACCAUCACGCGAGCCCUACGAACGUGAGCCUUAUAGGCAACGAUCGCUCGAACGAGCAGCACCACGUGCACAGAACGAAUACAACGACGACCGCUAUGCUCCAGAUGACAGUCGUGUACCACCUCCACGCGAGCCAAAACGUGCUGAUGAUAUAACGCUCCCUGUUCGUGCUCCACCCACCGGCCCAUCUGGCUACCGCGCCCCAUCAGGAUCUGCCGCGCCGCCUAGUGGGCCUGCAGCAGCUGCCGUUCCCAUCUCAGCACACCAACGCGCACCCAUCGCACCGCCGUCCGGCCCUAGAGCAGCCGCCACAGCGCCAUGUGCACCACGCGGCGACUUCGUUCCACGAGGCCGUGGUGGUUUCCGCGGAGGGUUCGGGGGUGCUCCCUUCCGAGGUGGACGUGGUGGAGCAGCUGGGCCAGGAUUUGGAAGAAGCGAAAGCUUCCAACAGCAGCAACAGCAACAGCCUCAGCAGCCACCACCACAGCAACGCGAGGGUUUCGAUAGUACUGCCGCCCCGCCAACAGGACCUAGAGGCUCCUUUGGACAGAGUCAAGCACCACCUGUGCAGGCUUCAGGACCGCCUUCAGGGCCGGGAGGUUUCAGGCAGAGCAAUAACAACUCCACAACCACUUACCCUCGCACCCAACGCUUCGCACCCAACGGCGCACCCAUUCCCGACGGGCCCCCCCAACAACAAAGCCGUGACUCCGCCACCACCAGCACCACCGCUGUCCCACCCUCCGGCCCCCGCCUCUCCCGCCGCCCAACCGAACCCGCUCUCACCACCCAGCAACCUAAACCCCCAGGCAUCCACCCCUCCCUCUCCGACCUCCCGGCCAUCAUCCCCGGCGGCCAGAAAGCAGACCCUUUAGUUGAUCUUACGCGUCUGCAGAAAUUACAGGACGAGGCGGAGAAAUUGAGGAGGGACAUUGAGGUUAAGGAGGAGCGGAAGAGGCGGAAUUUGAGGGAUUGGGAACGCAUGGGUAGGGAGGUGGAGGUGGCGGGGUUGAGGAGUGAGUUGGCGGAACGGGCGGUUAGGGAGUUGGAUGGGGAAGGGGAGGGGGAGGUGGCUUUUUAA